GAACAAAGAUUUGGGGAUCUUCAUAAUGCACUCUACGCUACUUUGCCUCCUUUUUUUCUUCCUCUAUCUUAAAACUGCCUUCUCAUCCUCUUUACAUGCUUCCUCCUUCUCAACAACACAUCUCUGCUCUCAUGAGGAGGCUCUUGCUUUGCUGCAAUUCAAGACAUCCUUUUCCAUCAAUUACACUGUUCCUUCUCCAGAUUUUUGUGUGGAUCUUUCUUAUACUAAACCUAAUUAUUCUAAGAUUGAGUCAUGGAAGGAAGGUAUAGACUGUUGUUCCUGGGAUGGGGUUAGCUGUGAUAAUGUAACAGGUCAUGUAAUUGCCCUUAAUCUUAGCUGCAGUUUCCUUCAUGGCACCUUUCCUUCCAACAGCACUCUUUUCUUCCUCAGAAACCUGCAGAGCCUCAAUCUUGCCUUGAAUGAUUUUAGGCUUUCCAAGAUUCCAUCGAAAAUCAAUCAGUUUACUAGGCUAAAGCAUCUUGAUAUCUCUUAUUCUCGAUUUUCGGGCCAUGUUCCGGGGGAAAUUGCUCACCUCCCCAAGUUAGUUUCUCUCAAUCUCUCUAAUCACCUUUAUGAUGAUUCUCCUGAUUUGAUCCUUGAAACAACUACCUUUAGAAAUCUUGUUCACAACUUGAGUGAGGUGAGAGAACUUGUGCUUCGUGGAGUGAACAUGACAUCUGUUAAUCCUCGUUUCUUCAUGAAUCUCUCUUCUUCUUUGACUACUCUUGGUCUUGCUUAUUGUCAGUUACGAGGAAACUUUCCAAACAGUAUUUUCCGCUUUCCAAAUCUCAAGACAUUUCAUUUAGGCGGAAUCGAAAACAUCACUAUUGAUCUUCCAAGUUCCAAUUGGAGCAGUCCUCUUCAAGAUUUGCAAUUAUAUGUCAUGGAUUGGGGAAGGCGAUUGCCAGAGUCUAUAGGAGAUCUAAAGUCAUUACAAGUUCUAUUUCUUGGCGAUAACUUGGAAGGUUCCAUUCCAACUUCCAUAGGAAACUUAUCUCAACUUACUGUACUAUUCCUCUAUCAUAACAAUUUAAAAGGACAAAUCCCUACAUCACUUGCAAACCUCGCACAACUUCACUCACUCUACCUUCCCAGGAAUCAGUUUUUUGGUCCCAUUCCAGCUUUCCUAGGGAACCUAUCUCACCUUACUUCUCUAGACCUCAAUUCUAACAAUCUUAGCGGACAAAUCCCAUCGACACUUGGAAACCUCACACAACUUAGCUCACUUGACCUAUCUUCUAACUUACUUAACGGCACGAUGCCACCUUGGAUUUUCACCCUCCCUUUUGUAAAGAGCUUGUAUCUCAAUCAUAACCAAUUUCAAGGUCAAAUAAGUCAAUUUCAGCAAAGAUCACUCAUACAACUAGAUUUGUCAAAUAAUAAACUCCAGGGCCCAAUUCCUAGCUCAAUUGUUAAUUUUGUAAAUCUUAGUUAUCUAGAUUUAUCGUCAAAUCAUCUCAGUGAUUUAGUAGUAGUAUCGGACAUGUUCUUGGGGCUUCAAAAUCUGGAAACCAUCAUUCUUUCAUACAAUAAUCUGUCCUUGAGAAUGAGUGUCUAUGCCAACUUCACAUUACCCAAACUAACUGAUGUUUUCUUGUCUUCCUGUAACUUGAGUGAAUUCCCCAAUUUCUUAAGACAUUCAGGUGGUCUGCAAAACCUAGUGCUAUCCAAAAAUAGCAUUAACGGAAAUAUUCCCGAAUGGAUAUGUGAAAAGGAUGAUCUCAGAAUUCUUGACCUUUCUCAUAACAAUUUAAUUGGAAAGAUUCCAAAUUGUCUUCCUAAGUUUCUCUCAGUGUUAGAUUUGCAGGCCAAUCACUUUGAUGGAAAUAUACCAUUUGGGUUUCCAGAAGGCUGUGGAUUACGAAAUCUCAACUUAUAUGGAAAUCAAAUGGACGGCCUAUUACCAAGGUCUUUGGUGAAUUGUAGCAAGUUAGAGGUUCUAGACGUUGGCAACAACAACAUAGAGGAUACAUUCCCUCACUGGUUGGAAUCUCUACCAGACCUUCAAGUGCUUGUCUUAAGGUCCAACAAGUUCCACGGUUCUGUGCAGAGCACCAAAGAAAGUCCAUCUUUUCUCAAGUUACGAGUUUUGGACCUCUCCAACAAUGAUUUUGUUGGUCAUUUGCCUGUUCGGUACUUCGAAAAUUUUAAAGCUAUGAUGGACCUUUAUAGAGACGAGGGUUCUGCUGAAUGCAAGAAUGUCAGUUCUUAUCAAUAUUCAGUGGUUGUGACAUGGAAGGGAUUCGACUAUGAGCUGCAGAGAAUCUUGACCUUAUUCAGUAAUAUUCAUCUCUCAAAUAAUAAGUUUGAGGGAGAAAUUCCAGAUGUUAUUGGGAAGCUUAGUUCUCUCAAAGGGCUAAAUCUUUCUCAUAACAACCUUACUGGUCAUAUCCCACCGUCACUAGGGAAUUUGACGAAUCUGGAAUCGUUGGAUCUCUCUUCCAACAAGCUGGCAGGGAAAAUUCCAAAUGAAUUGGGCAGUCAGUUCAACACCUUUGAAAAUGGUUCUUAUGAAGGAAACCUUGGACUGUGUGGAACACCACUGUCAAAAUCUUGUGAUGGAAUGGGGACACCGCCGAGCUCCUUCCAAGAAAAAGAUGAGUUGUGGAGAUUUGGCUGGAGAGUUGUGGGGUUAGGCUAUGGAUGUGGAGUUGUUUUUGGACUGCUGAUGGGAUAUCAUGUCUUCCGAACAGGAAAACCAAAAUGUAGAGCUCAUCUGAGAUCGUUAAGUGAAGAAAAAAAUGAUCUAGGUGGUGACCAAGGUGAGAGAGUGCUUGUGGUGGAGGGAGUGGUGAAUGCAGGGUAUGGAGUGAUUGAGCAGUGGGCAUUGUUGUUGAGGAAUGCGUGGCCUAAGGUUUCUAUGGUUCUUAAUAUUUUCAAAGAGAAAGGUGUGAUUCUGAUUGCACUUUUAUGUCUAUCUGCAUUCUUCUCAUGGAAGAGACUUUAUAACUACACUGUGGCCAUGGAAGUUCUUGAUAGUGAAGUUCAUGCAGCAGUAUUACUGUUUUCUUGUUUGGUUUUGAGGAUGAUUCUGGUUCGUGAGCUGGCUAAAAAAGAGUUUGAAGAUGGUGUAUUUCAAAUGCUUCGCAGUGAUGUAACCCAAUUUUUGACCACCAUUGUUAUUGGCACUACGGUGGUCAAUAUUGGAGCAAUUGCUUUAGUGACAGAUGCAACAACAGCAAUAUUUGGAGAAGCUGGUGUUAGUGCCGCAACUGGAGUAAUGACUAUAGUAACCUUAGAAGAUGUGGUUGAGGAGAUUGUUGGAGAAGUCUUUGAUGAAAAUGAUUCGAAGGAACAUCAGUGUGAGGCAGUAUCUGGUUUUGUAUGUGAAGUAUUUGGAUACAUCCCUAGGGCUGGUGGGAGCAUCAAAGUUGCCCUCAAAAGGGUUAAUCAAGAUGAUGAUGAUAAGCAUGACGAAGAUGGAUCCGAUCAUCAAGAUGUGAAGGAAUGGCAUCAGAUAUAUAGACUUGAGGUAUUGGCUGCAAAUGCUCAAAAGGUUAGUGCUGUUCGUUUUGAGUGGACAGACAAUGGGGAAGCUAUGUCAGAGGCCAACAAAGUAACUCAAUUGAUUCCCAAAAUCAUAAAGAGGAAAGGGAACGAUGACAAAUUGGAUAACAUUACCUAUGAUGAGAACGCAUUUCGAAAGAGACAAGGGAAUCGCCUUUCUGAUUGCUAUGUAGUUGCUGAAGAUACAUAAGAUAAUGGCCAGUAGCUACAUUGCUUAUUCUGUUUUCUUUUUCUUUAGCUCCUACUUUUCCUUUCCCAUAUUCUUACCGCCCCAUGGAGAAGAAAUGGAAGGAAACCACAAGAUUACUAGAUAGACUAACAUUGUAAAACUUUUUCACAGAUGAAGUGAUGUAACAUCUGAAAUAUCAUCAUAGUCAGUUGUGCAUAUGACAGUGUCUCUAGACCAUAAAUUCUCCAAUAUUGG